CAGUGCUGCCCAUCAUUUACAUUGGCAUUUGUUUUCAUCCUUUUUUUUUGACAAGUAAAAUGAGCCUGACCAAGCGACUUCUGCACAUCCAUCCCCGUUGCAGCUUCUCCAAGAGAUCGCAUCCCUCGGCGGAUCGCAAUUCGCAACCGAUUUCGGAGGCGCUACUCUCUCAAGUGGACAAAACCACCGAGAAUUUGCAAUUGCUGGAAAUUGCUUCAGGCUCGGGACAACAUGCUGGAUUCCUGGCGCCCCUGCUGCCCAACAUCACCUUCCAGCCGACGGAGUACGAAAGGAAUCAGUUCGGUUCGAUUGCUGCCUAUGCAGGGGAUUGUCCCACUCGAAAUAUUCGCCCGCCAUUCCAUGUGGACAUCACCCGGGAUCCCGGAGACUGGGAGGCUCCACCAGCACCAGCCAGCUACGACUACAUGUUCAACUCGAACAUGAUGCACAUCAGUCCGUGGUCCUGCUCCAUUGGACUAUUCCGGGCUGCCGGACAGCUGUUGAAGAAGGGCGGCAGGAUGUUCACCUACGGACCAUAUGCACAAGACGGUAUACUCGUUCCACAGAGCAAUGUGGACUUCGAUCGGAGCCUGCGACAGAGGGACGCCUCCUGGGGCGUUCGCGACAUUAAGGACCUGAAGGUCUUGGCGGCCGAAAAUGGACUGCAGCUGGAAAAGCUCGUCAAGAUGCCAUCAAACAACAAGUUCCUGACCUGGCUAAAGCUAUAAAGUAGUGCACUAGACUAAGGCUAUUGGGGCGCUAUUACCCGCUCCUAGAUAACAUCGUUUAUUUUGGCGGCAAUAAAGUUUAUUGUCGUCGAAGUGCCUGCUCAUCGAACUAGGCCAAGUGGUCAGAGCGAGAGUGCAGGAAUUGACCCUGAAAACGC